AUGAGCUGCUCUCCAAGUAGGAGACACCUUAUUGUGUCCCUGUUGUUUCUCCUGGUUUCAAGCUUGUCCAAAGUUACAUUCAUGGCUGCAGAAGGAAGGUCACUUUCCAGGUUACUUGAUGUUGCCGAGAAAGGAAUGGAAGAAGAGACGAGAAUGGUGAUGAGAAAUCUGGUUGGGUCAAGGCCACCAAGGUGCGAGAGAAGAUGCAGUUCGUGCGCACACUGUGAGGCAAUUCAAGUUCCUAUUACAACACAGUUCCAGAACCGAAGAAGCCGACAUUUCUCAGAUGACAUGUUUUCAGUUGCUUACUCGAGAGGCAAUGAUGUCUCCAAUUACAAGCCAAUGUGUUGGAAAUGCAAGUGUGGCAACAUGAUUUUCAAUCCUUGA